GUACCUCCUUCAACCUCUCGUCAUUUCAUCACCUUCAUAGGUUCGACUUUUGCUUCGACUUCCAUUCUUUUAUGCCUUUCAAUCUUCAAUCUGCUUCUCGUGCUGUUCAAUUACAUUGAAACCUUUGAAACCCUAAUCCCAAAUAACAAGAAUAGGGGAGAUGCUACUUAUAACUGCCUGAGACGGCUAGGCACCACCAUAACACAUGUGCCUAGUAUGGACCUGACACAGUAAAAAUAGUGUUCCUGUAGUUGACAGAAUAAUGUCUACGAUCAACAUUAUGAGCAAAUCACGAGUGUCCAAAGCAAUUCUCAGCCGGUUGACACCUACUUAUUCUUUUUCUCGAUCUUUUUCUGCAUCACAACCAUGGCAGCGUGUUCUCCCCAGCCAAACAGGGGAAUUGAGUAUGAAUCACAUAGGAUCUUCCCUUCCUCGGAAUUGGAAUAGACUAUUCUCAUCCAUAGCUCCCUCCUUUGCCACCGGUGAUAGAAUCGUCCGUGAGCUCUUAGCCCAAGUCGAGAGGGAAAAGCAGAGGGAGAGAGAGCAGAGAAAAAAGGCAGGGUUGGGUACGGCUGAUAUAGACGCCGAAGAUGAUGAGGAUUACAUGGGAGUUGGUCCCCUAAUUGAGAAACUGGAGAAGGAGAAUCUCAAGCAUGUUGACCCUCGUAUCCUUAACAUGAGGGAGGAGCCCACUGAUUCAGAAAGUGAAGAAGAUGACCAUAGAUUCACUUAUGAAGCCAUUCAACAACGACAAGAAAUAUUGCAGAAGAAAUUAAAUCGUUAUGAAGAGCUUCUUAAGAAUUUUAAUGAGUCGGAUAAUAUUGAUGAAUUUUUCAAGUGGAUGAAUAAAGUUGACAAAUUUGAGGAGAAACAUUUAAACCCCCGAUCUGAGUAUCGUGUUAUUGGUGAUUUGAUGAACCGGCUGAAAGAAGCCACCGGCAAGGAUAAAUUUCUUCUCCAACACAAGCUGAAUAGGGCUAUUAGAUUAGUUAAGUGGAAGGAAGCCUACGAUCCUAAUAAUCCUGCCAAUUAUGGAAUCAUUCAAAACAUGCAGUCGCAGCAUGAUCCUUCUGAAGAUUCUGAUGCUGAAAAGGAAAGGCAAUUGAUAAAAGGUGCAUUGGAUGAGGACGACGAGGAAGAAUUUGAUGACAUGAAGGAACAUGAUGAUAUUCUGUUAGAGAAGAUAAAUGUCAUUGACCGGAAGCUUGAGGAGAAGCUAGCACUGUUGGAUCACACUUUUGGAAGAAAGGGCAAGGUAUUGGAGGAGGAGAUAAGAGAUCUUGCUGAGGAGAGGAACUCAUUGACUGAGAAGAAAAGAAGACCUCUUUAUAGAAAAGGUUUUGAUGUGAAACUCAUUGAUGUUAAUAGGACAUGUAAAGUUACAAAGGGAGGUCAAUUGAUUAAGUACACCGUAAUGCUUGCUUGUGGGAACUAUCAUGGCGUCAUUGGUUUUGCUAAGGCAAAAGGCCCAGCAGUUCCCAUUGCGUGUCAGAAGGCUCAAGAGAAAUGCUUUCAAAACCUUCAUUAUGUGGAACGACAUGAAGAACAUACGAUUGCACAUGCCAUUCAGACUUCUUAUAAGAAAACCAAGGUUUAUCUUUGGCCUGGGCCGACUCAAGGUGGCAUGAAGGCCGGCAGAACCGUCCAAACCAUCUUAAAUCUUGCUGGAUUAAAGAAUGUCAAAUCUAAGGUUGUUGGGUCGAGAAAUCCACAUAACACAGUGAAAGCUCUUUUCAAGGCCCUGAAUGCGAUAGAAACUCCCAAAGAUGUGCAAGAGAAGUUUGGGCGGAUUGUGGUGGAAUCAUAUUUGCUAUGAGUCGAAAUUCGAGAAACAUUAGUGUGUUUGCUAGCCAUGGAUGAUUUUGGACCGAUGAAAACCACGACAAGAGACCAUUGGCAAAAUGAAUAAAGUUGACGUCGUCUUUUCCUUCAUGUUCGUUUCCGACCUUAUAACCGUUAGACGAUGAACUGACCCGUGACAGGUGUUUCAACAAGUUCUUGGUUUGAUUAUGCACCUGUUUAGUCCCUAGUUUGGAUUGGAGGGAGGCGAGCGGGGUAUAUAUACAUAUAACUAUAUGUAUGUCCUCUCUUUACGUUGCUCGGCUGUGUGUGCUCAUCGAUUCGAGAGCUGGAAUUUUACGUAUGCAUAACACAUGAGUUUUACAUCGUUAAUUUAUAGUUUUUCAUCAUCA